CAUCUCCAUGGCCAUGUAGAAAAUCCCAACCUGCUGAUCCAUGUGCACUUCAUCUUCUCUACAUCACGCAUGCUGUCUACGGACAGCUGUCCUUUCAGUACAUCAAGCACAUUUCAUUGUUUUGGAACGGAAGCUUAUCAGUGAGGAGAUUGUUAUCUCUUGAGGACCAAUAACAAACAAAAAGCUGGCCUUAUACCCUUAAACUUCUGCAAGUUUGGAAACUGGUCCAACAACAACAAACACAACUAAGAACUUUGUAGAUGAGCCUUUUUACAGCUUUGACAGCAAAACUGAAAGAGCCCAAAUGGAAGAUUUCUCUGGUCCUUGAGGUGGGCCCUCACAGUUCAGUGUCAAUACAACAGGAGAUCUCAAGGUGUAAAGCAGCUACUGUUUAUAUGUAUGGAGAAAAACCACAUCCGUGCUCUUAUUUGAUUUAUUCAGGUAUGUACUCCCAUUACCAUGUUUAGCAAAUGUGAUGUUCAUUUACAUGUAUUAUGUAAGAAGAUCUAAUCAUUGUGGUGUAGUCCUGUAUGUAUUUAUGUUGUAGCCUAUGUGUGAACAGGUUAGAUUUAAGAUAUAUUUCCUAAGAAGAACAUGCAAUGUGAUCGGAGAAAAAACAGCCUAAUGCGAACAUUUAUUUUCCAUAGUAAUUCUUUAUUGUAUUUUGUUUUAUGCUUUUUGAAUGAAUGCAAUUCAACGGUCAGUCUGUUUACCAUUGACUGAGGGGAGGCUACUGUUUAUAUGUAUGGAGAAAAACCACAUCCGUGCUCUUAUUUGAUUUAUUCAGAAUAAAGUGCCUAAGGAAUGUCAGCGUCCUGUCAUCAGUGCACCUGAACACAACGCAGUAGUCGGCGAGGUACAGACCGCGCCGGCUACAUUGGUGCCGUGACCCGGAUUUCUUCGCUUCAGAUCAUCGCCAGGGUGAUCGCCGGUGGUUGCUGUGACGAGUUGGAACCUCUUCAGGACAUUGACAAGUACAUGGGCUAAUGAUAAUGUGGAAAUUUUAACUACUAUUUGCCUCUACCUCAGCUAGUAUAAUUUUACAUUGUGAUUUAUUUUUCUUAUUUGCAUAUUUGCAUGUACUAGUAAUUCACAUAUUAUUACCAUAGUCUAACACAUCACAACUUUUGCAAAAAUGACUGAUGGUAAGGAUGUGCAGACACCCCUUAGCCGUGGGGAUGCUGCAGUGGUAACCUUGGGGAGGGGCAGGCUUAUGAGUAGGGUGGAGUGCACGCCGGUUAAAGGUGCUGGUGUACUAGGCAGACCUGUACUCUCAUCCACACGCUUACACACUGAUGCACAUUCCCCCGCACAACACAUGCGUAGGUUAGGGGAUGUUUCAGACAUCGGGAACGGUGUUAGUUCAGUGGGCCGCCCUGUAUUCUCAUACACUCACACGCAUACAGAUGAACAUUCUCCACGUCAGCCAGCGUCUAGUCCAGAUGUGAGUUCCGCAGACCUAGGGAAUCUCAUCACACAAUUAGCUUAUGAAAUAGGAGAGAACAUUGCUAGCCAACUACAGAGAUCUGUUAAUAGUGCAGAUAGCCAAACCACUCCUACACUUAGCCUGAACUUAGGACUUGGACAGUCUGACUUGAACAUGACUGGAGUAAAGUUAGUUAUGAAGACAGAUGUCAAAGAGCCGCCUUACUUCAGGGGUGAUGGAACAGACAAACACACAAUGCAUGAGUGGGAAGAAAUGAUGAGCGUGUACCUGAAUAAGAGGGGUGUCCCCCCGCAAGAGUACUCUCAGGAGAUCAUGUCAAGACUAAUGGGAAAGGCUAGAGACAUCGUUAAAGUUACCCUGCGCAGCAUGCCAUCGCUGCAGCCAGCUGAAAACUCCAAGCUUGUCUUUGAUAUUCUGAAACAGCAUUUCAGUGAGGUAACCUACUCCUCGAUGCCGUUAGCAGAUUUUUAUAACACGCUUCCUUCGGCCGGAGAAAGUCCCAUGGACUAUUGGAUACGCUUAAAUAAGGCUGUGGAUGUUGCGGAUGAGUGCCUGAGAAGACAGGGGCGAAACGUUGAGGACCCCUCUCAUGAAGUCACAAUGAUGCUGGUGAAGCACUGUCCUGACCCCGCUCUUGCAAGUGUCCUAAAGUGCAAAACAGCAGAGAAAUGGACAGCAAAUGAAAUUCAGGAACACCUCAUUGAACAUCACAGAGAGGCCAGAACAAUGUCUCAAGCCAAGUCUUACCGGCCAAAGAACAUUGGUGUACAUGUUCAGACACCAGCAAUAGAGACAGUCACUGCUAAUAACACUACAGACCUUACCUGCUACCCGAAGCCAAUUGAACCACCAUCCUCUUCUCAGACCGAGAGCGCCUGCAUCCAGUCUCUCAUUGGCUUGCUGAACCGUGUGCUGGAGCAGAAUGCCCAGACAGCAGCAGUCGUGCCACCGAGCAGGGGGCCAGCAGCCAUAGUUCAGAGUAGAUGUAGAGUCUGUCAGUCUGCUGAACACUCAACUACUGCGCACUGUAGACAGGCGAACCUCUGUAUGGGCUGUUACAAGCCCGGCCACUGGAAGAGAGAGUGCCAACAGCGCCGGCCAAGAAUUAACACCCAGCCACAGUCAGCACAAGAACAGCCUAAACCUGAGCAAGGCGGAGCCAGUUUAAACUAGAUGGCUCACAUACGGAGAGGGGAUGUGUGAGCGUUAAAGCAUCAACCCUUGAAGAAAGUGAAGAAUUAAAGGAGAUGUAUGUCAAUGUUUGUAAAGCAAUGUCAGAUAAUUGCACAAUAAUUGUUCAGAAUAUUCACACAGUGGAGACGUUCAGCGAGUUAUUUCACGCACCAGUGACAGUUAAUGGCCGUGCUCAGUUGCAAGGGCUCCUCGAUACAGGGUCAAUGGCCUGCACGAUAAGUGAAGAGGCAGAGCAGAGACUGCUAUCAGAUAGCGUCUUGACCCAACAGCAAGAACUCCCGCAGCGCAUCAUCCUAGUUGGCUGUGGAGGAGUACGGGUGAGCCCCAAGUGCAUGUAUGACAUGGAGCUGAGUCUGUAUGGGGUGAAGUGCAUGGUCCCAGUCCUGGUAGUCACUGGUCAGAGGGAUGACGUCAUAGUAGGCACCAAUAUGUUGAAAUACGUGCUGCAUCAGCUGAAAAAUGAGAACAGUUACUGGACACUUAUCUCGCGCAACACAAAAGGGUCUUCAGACGGUGAACAGUUUUUGGAGAUGAUGGCAAGCCUCACGAGAUGGAGGGGUGAAGAUGUGCCGGAAAAAGUAGGGACAGUGAAACUAACCCAGGCGGUGACUCUUCUUCCCAAACAAGAGUACCUGCUGUGGGGUAGACUGCCCAGUAAUGUGCCCAAGUCACCUGGGAGCACAGUUGUGGUCGAGCCCACCACCUCUAGGUGUGUGCCUCGGGGCAUCAUGGUGGGGAAAGUUGUAACGCCGCUGUGGGGAGAUGGCUGGACUCCCAUGAAAAUCACCAACAUCUCUGAUAAACCACUCACCCUGAGAAAGAACAGCAAGCUCGCAGACGUGUCUACUUGUGUUGCAGCUGAAGACUUCCCGCUGUUCCAGGGUUCCUUUCAGAGUGAUGCUGGCUCUGCUAAAGUGACUCAUGUGAAACAGGAUGACAACACUGAUUUGAAAGACAGGCUUCAGAAGUCUGGUCUGGGAAAUGUCGACAUUGAUCAUUGUGAAGCGAGCCCCUCCACCAAGCUCCAACUUGUGACAUUGCUGGAAAAAUAUCAGGAUGUAUUCUCAAAGCACCAUCUAGACUGUGGGGAAGCCAAGGGCUUUGUACAUAGAAUCCGCCUCACUGACGACCGUCCCUUCCGUCUUCCGUAUCGUAGAGUGCCGCCAGCCCACUAUCAAAAGCUGCGUCAGGUUCUCACCGAGAUGGAAGAGCAGGGAAUCAUACGUAAAUCAAUGAGUGAAUAUGCCUCCCCACUCGUGAUGGUUUGGAAGAAAAACGGCGAUCUUCGUAUAUGCACAGAUUUUCGAUGGCUGAAUGCGAGAACCAUCAAGGAUGCUCAUCCUUUGCCCCAUCAAUCAGACUGCUUGGCUGCUCUUGGCGGUAACACUGUCUUCAGCACCAUGGACCUCACGUCUGGUUUUUAUAACCUGCCCAUGCAUGAAGAGGACAAAAGGUAUACCGCCUUUACAACACCACUAGGCCUGCACGAGUAUAACAGGAUGCCGCAGGGGCUUUGCAACAGUCCAGCGUCCUUCAUGAGGAUGAUGUUGAGUAUCUUUGGUGAUCUUAACUUCAGCAGUCUUCUGUGCUAUUUAGAUGAUCUCCUGAUUUUUGCCCCCAAUGAACAGCAGGCCCUCAGCAGGUUGGAAGUUGUUUUUCAGAGGCUGCGGGAGCACAACCUGAAGUUGAGUCCGAAAAAGUGCCAUCUGUUGCGGAAGUCCGUGAAGUUCCUCGGACACAUUGUUGACGGUGACGGUGUUGCUGUUGACCCGGAGAAGGUUGAGGUCAUCGCCAAAAUGUCGAAGAGGGACUUGAUGGAAUAUGAUAGCUGCACUCCUUCAGUCCACAGAGUCAAGUCGUUCCUGGGGAUGGUAUUUUAUUAUCAGCAUUUUAUACCAAAUUGCUCUUCCAUCGCAAAACCCCUGUUUGCCCUCACAGCUGGCCAGAAACGGAGAGGAAAGGCUGGAAAGUACAGUCAGAAUCCAGGGGUCUACAGAAAGCUCAAACCUGCAGACUGGACCCUUGACUGCGACACUGCCUUCGCCAGCCUUAAGGAGAAGCUCCUGAACUGUGCAGUCCUCACCCAUCCAGACUUCUCUAAGCCCUUGGUUCUGUCCAUUGACGCAUCUCUUGAUGGUCUUGGGGCAGUUCUGUCCCAGAUACCAGAAGGAGAAACGAAGGCACGCCCGAUCGCCUUUGCCAGCAAGACCCUCACUGGCUCACAAAAGAGGUAUCCUGCCCACCGCCUAGAAUUCUUGGCGCUCAAAUGGAGUGUUUGUGAAAAGUUCAGCCACUGGUUGAAGGGCCACACUUUUACAGUGUGGACCGACAAUAAUCCUUUAACUUAUAUAAUGACCAAACCAAAACUUGACGCUUGUGAACAAAGGUGGGUGGCAAAACUUUCCCCAUACACUUUCAGUAUCAAACACAUCCCUGGGAUAAAGAACAUCGUGGCAGAUGCCCUAAGUAGAGAUCCUUUUGCUAAGUCAGUGAGUCAGAGGUUGAUCAGCGAGCCAUAUAAAAGUCUUUUGGCUGAAGCAGAGGGAACCAAGGAGGAAAAAGUCCAGGAUCUCUUUCGGUGCAAGAUCCAGUGUCUCCAGGCACACGAUGCAGGCUGUUGUGUAACCAUGGGCACCGCUCGAGACAGGCUGGCUGGCAGUCAAGAACCCUUGCAUGUGAGAUCUACUUGUGAAGCUCACGUAGAGUGGGAAAGGGGAGCGGAGAUAAGAGCAACACAGUUUCUCAACGCCCUUUCCCAGGCGGUGCCCCCAGAACAGGAUGCACCUCCAGGCCUGUCUAUCGGCGAGCUAAGGCACAGCCAGGAAACUGAUCCAGUUAUCAGGGAGGUCCUGCCACUCGUUCAGAGGGGUGAGCCACCACCUAGGCGAAGGAGAAGUAGGUUAGCUCCUACGGCCCAGACACUGUGCAAACAGUGGCAUCAUCUUAAAGUCCUGGACGGAGUCUUAUAUAGGGUAACCAAAGACCCUUUGAGCAGAGAGAAGAGGUAUCAGUUUGUGCUGCCUGUUAGCUUGAAGGCCAAGGCUCUCGCUGGUGUGCAUGACCUCGCUGGACAUCAAGGGCAGGCUAGAACAGCACACCUCGCCCGACAGCGUUUCUUCUGGCCGCAAAUGGGAGGAGACAUCAAGGAAUAUGUGAAAUGCUGCCAACGCUGUAUCCUUGCAAAAACCCCUGAACCAGCUGCUCGAGCUCCCUUGGAGAGCAUUCGCACUUCGGCACCCAUGGAACUGGUGUGCAUUGAUUUUUGGAGUGCUGAGGACAGUAAGCAAAGAUCUGUGGAUGUAUUGGUCAUAACAGACCACUUCACAAAAUUGGCUCAUGCGUUCCCCUGUGUCAACCAAACUGCAAAGCAAAUAGCGAAGAAGUUAUGGGAUAACGUGUUCUGCAUCUAUGGUUUUCCAGGGCGAGUACAUUCCGAUCAGGGAGCCAAUUUUGAAAGUAAACUCAUAUCCGAACUCCUCAGCCUCACAGGAAUUACGAAAACACACACCACGGCAUACCAUCCCAUGGGAAAUGGGCAAACCGAAAGGUUCAACAGGACGCUUGGCAGUAUGUUGCGUGCCCUACCGCUGGCAGCCAAACAACACUGGGCCCAACAGAUACAGACUUUGACCUUUGCAUAUAAUGCCACCAUUCAUGAAACGACUGGAUAUCCUCCAUUCUACUUGAUGUACGGUCGAGUUCCCCGACUCCCGGUAGAUAUGGUCUUCAAACAAGUCUUGAAGGAUCCAGUCGUGGUGAAUUAUAAGACCUAUGCAGAGAAGCUGAUGGCGAACCUUCAUGUGGCUGCCGGCAUAGCUCAGCAGCAUGCGAGGAAAGAACAGCAACAUCAGGCUGAUGGCUAUAACAAGAGAGUACGUGGAACCCACUUGAACGUUGGCGACCGAGUUUUGCUUGCCAAUAAAGCGGAAAGAGGGAAGAGGAAGCUAGCGGACAAGUGGGAGCCCACCAUGUAUACCAUCAUAGACCGGAAUCCUCAGACUCACGUUUACAAAGUCAGGGAUGAGAGUGGGAAAACCAAAGUCGUUCAUCGGAAUCUAAUGUUGGACGUGAGCUUCUUACCUGUCCCAGAACAAAGCGGAGAGGAGCUGGAUGAAGAUGCCUCGGAUGUGGUCAGUGAGUUCCAGCCUUCCUCUGUUGAUGCCUUGAGUGGCCUGGCAGUAGACGCUUCUGAGGACCGUACCUGCUCAUGGUUAAAUGCGUCAUCUGAUGUCGAGUCUGAGUUUGAAGUUGAAGCUGAUGAGUCUGAAAUGGAGAAUGAGAUACCCCACUCUCUGUCCAGAGACUUUGUUCAACGGACAUCGACAAGAACCCAGUCUGAUGAGGUCAGAGGUCAAGGGGAAAACGAAUACUCACCUGUGAGAGACUUACCUGGUUCCAGUGUGCCCCCUGACUCACACCUGACUGACACUGACUCUGACUCUCCGACUGCAGCUCCUGACUUAGGCGAGACAGAAUCCCCAAACAUCACCUCACCUGUUACAAUGACUGAUAGUCAGACACCCACACAAGCACAAGGGCCUGAGAGACAGGUAGUCAGGACACGUACUGGUAGGGUUGUUAAGGCAGUCAAUCGCUUGAUAGAGAACAUGGUGCAAAAACCACUCACCAAGGGUUUUGUUGAAGGGGUCAAUAGAAGAUCACUGUCUUUGCUCAGCCUAUUUUAGACAGAGUGAUGAAUUAAAAAUCUGAGUAUUGUGUUAAGUUUUUGUUUAGUGCAUACAUUCUGAUAGGGUGUUCAUAUUGGAGGGGAGAGUGCCAUGAUUGUAUAUGGUGUAAAAGGCACCAUAUUUACUAAAAGAGAUAGUAGCCUGAUCAACUGCUGUUUUCUUUGAACUUACCUCGUAAGUAGCUUGAUAUGCUGUGUGAGGAAUUAGAUUUCCAGGGUUACUUCGGAUCAUGUGAAUGUGAACAUUAUGUUUUGUAUUAAUGAUUUAUUCCUAGUGAAUUAACCCUCUGUGUUCAGGAUUUUGGUGAAAUUAAAGAGGGGUGAAUGUAACAGAUAUGAGAAAAUGUGUAAGUCUUUUUUUGUUUUCAAUUGCGUUUGGUUCAGGUCAAUAUGUUUUAUUUCUCCAAAAUCCUUGUUCUGCCUUGUAUAAAAUUAGCUUUGGUAUUGGGAGUUAUAUUAUUUUGUGUAACAGCGCCCUCUGUGGGAAGAGUGUAUUAAGUGAAUGACAUCGCGUUCUCUCGUCAGUCUGUUUACCAUUGACUGAGGGGAGGUACGUAUUAUAUGCGAUGUGAUCAUUAAGACAUAAUUAAUGUGUUUUAACGUCAGCUCAAGCACAGGUUUUGAUUUCUUCAUGUAUAUUAUUGCAAGGGCAUAUGGGAUGAGUGGUUUUGUGUUCCUUAAUGUAUAUCCGAAGUGAAUAAUGAGAUGUUUGAAAUAGCUAACUAGCUAACCACGUUGUUUUAUGUGUGUGUUGUUAGCUCUCGCCAUUUUGUCUUCAUGCAGGAUAGCCUAUAUGCUUCAGCUUUUCUCUUUUUUGUAUAGGCUACUGUUUAUAUGUAUGGAGAAAAACCACAUCCGUGCUCUUAUUUGAUUUAUUCAGGUAUGUACUCCCAUUACCAUGUUUAGCAAAUGUGAUGUUCAUUUACAUGUAUUAUGUAAGAAGAUCUAAUCAUUGUGGUGUAGUCCUGUAUGUAUUUAUGUUGUAGCCUAUGUGUGAACAGGUUAGAUUUAAGAUAUAUUUCCUAAGAAGAACAUGCAAUGUGAUCGGAGAAAAAACAGCCUAAUGCGAACAUUUAUUUUCCAUAGUAAUUCUUUAUUGUAUUUUGUUUUAUGCUUUUUGAAUGAAUGCAAUUCAACGGUCAGUCUGUUUACCAUUGACUGAGGGGAGGCUACUGUUUAUAUGUAUGGAGAAAAACCACAUCCGUGCUCUUAUUUGAUUUAUUCAGAAUAAAGUGCCUAAGGAAUGUCAGCGUCCUGUCAUCAGUGCACCUGAACACAACGCAGUAGUCGGCGAGGUACAGACCGCGCCGGCU